GUCAAGCUGGAACAUGGCGACUGUGAGGGGUCUGCAGAAAUGGGUCGGCAUCGGUUUUCAUGCGUUUCGCCAACGUUCAGCUUUGAAUUCGUCCAGAGUGCUGCAGCAGAGAGCUUUCCGCCUCAGCGGAGCUCGGUGCCAGCAGCCUUUCGAUUCGUCGGUGGAGAAGCCUCAGUUCCCUGGGGCCUCUGCAGAGUUUGUGGAUCAUCUUGAGUUCAUCCAGCCCAACGUGAUCUCAGGAAUCCCCAUCUACAGAGUCAUGGACAGGCAGGGACAGAUAAUCAACCCCUCAGAGGAUCCGAAGCUUCCAAAAGAGACCGUAUUGAAUUUCUAUCAGAAGAUGACGCUGCUCAACACAAUGGAUCGCAUUCUGUACGAGUCUCAGAGACAGGGCCGUAUCUCAUUCUACAUGACGAAUUACGGUGAGGAGGGCACACACAUAGGAAGUGCUGCAGCUCUGGACCCCAAUGACCUGGUCUUUGGACAGUACCGAGAGGCAGGAGUGCUGAUGUACCGGGGUUUCCCUCUGGAUCUCUUCAUGGCUCAGUGCUACGCCAAUGCUGAUGACCUUGGCAAGGGCCGGCAGAUGCCCGUUCACUACGGCUGCAGAGACCUCAACUUUGUGACCAUCUCUUCACCUCUGGCCACUCAGCUUCCCCAGGCGGCGGGAGCGGCGUAUGCUCUGAAGCGAGAGAAUUCGAACCGAGCUGUGAUCUGUUACUUCGGUGAGGGAGCUGCCAGUGAAGGCGACGCUCACGCUGGCUUCAACUUCUCCGCCACCCUCGAGUGCCCACUUAUAUUCUUCUGCCGCAACAACGGCUACGCCAUCUCUACCCCUACCAACGAGCAGUACAGAGGAGAUGGAAUCGCUGCACGAGGUCCAGGUUACGGCAUGCUGUCCAUCCGCGUGGAUGGAAACGACGUCUUUGCGGUGUACAACGUCACGAAGGAAGCGCGGCGGAGAGCCGUGGCUGAAAACCAGCCCUUCCUCAUCGAAGCCAUGACCUACAGGAUCGGCCACCACAGCACCAGCGACGACAGCUCAGCCUACCGCUCGGUGGAUGAGGUAAACUACUGGGACAAGCAGGACCACCCCAUCUCCCGCCUGCGGCACUACAUGACAGCCUGCGGCUGGUGGGGGGAGGAGGAGGAGCGGGCUUGGAGGAAGCAGUCCCGCAAACUCGUCAUGGAGGCGUUCGAGAGGGCCGAGAGGCGCCUCAAACCCCACCCGGACCUGAUGUUCACCGACGUCUACAACGAGAUGACCCCCGGCCUUGCCCAGCAGAAAGAGUCCUUCUGGAGGCACAUUCAGCAGUACAAGGAGCACUACCCACUGGACCUCUACGAAAAGUAAAGUAAUCACUCCAUUUCAGAGGAGGGGGGUGAGAAAGGACCCGGGCCCAAUUCAAAAUAAAGUUUAGCCUCUGUUCUCUUCCCAUAGCCACUUACUUUUGAGGUUAUACGAAGGUGAUUUUCAACCCUUAGAAGUUGAGAUGUUGUUGUUAUUUUGCUGUACUAUUUAAAUGUAAUUACAUAAGCAACUACAUAGUUACAUAAGGCAUUACGUUUUCGUUAGCUUUACAUCCUGUAUCGACAGAUUUGAAUCUGAACAUCUGACUUUAAAAUGUAAAGGAUGAAUUUUCCUGUAUGUAUCGUAUGAGCUCUAUACUCCACCAUAGGGCAGUGAAGAACCUGCGUCUUAUGUUCAUCACAGUUUCUAAUCGGUUUAGUCUAAAGAAGGAAACACAGAAAGACUUCUGCAGCCGUCUGAAGGUGGACGGGAAUCGCCACGUCGCACAGCUGUAGCUCAUCAUCACGGAAAUUCACUUAUAAACACUUGAUGGAAUAAAACUUCCAGCGUCAUUUAGUGCAGCAUUGUUUGGUGUCAACUAACUUUGCUCUUCACAUCGCUGCUGUUUUUGAGCUAAAAUAUAGGAGGUGAAAUAUGAUGUGACUGGGAACAUUAGCAUUCAGCAACAGUUAGCAGUUGGUUAUCUUAAAGACCUCAGAUUUGCCACCUUUCUUGGUAAAUUUCAAGCCACUUGUCACCUAUUAAGGAUUUAUGUUAUGGGUUUAAAAUCAUGUAGCAGUAAUUAAGAUGGAAUUGUGUACCUGCCUCUUGUGGCGUUUGGAUGAGACGGGAGGUCAAUCUGAAUAUCGCUUUGACUGAAAUGCCGAUCGCUAGUAGAGAGCAGGAGUAGUGAGUAGGGGUUUCAAAAUUUUCUUUUGGAUUGGGAUCAGCCCAGAGAGAGCGAGAGCCUGAAGACACAAAGGGAUUGAUUGACGGUAGUUGCACAUGUGUGAAUUUCUAUUUCUAUGCAUUACGUUUUUAGUAAUUCCAUUCCGUUUCUUUGCGCCAGAGGACACAGCUGAAGAGGGAUGAUUGUUUUUUCCAAUGUUUGCCACUAGGGGCCACCCUAACGUGCCUUUGAAUUAUAGACUAGCGUGGCGGUCUUGGUGAGCCUGUCUUUGGCAGAGCUGUCGUAGUUCUCAGCGUGUACAUCACCACUACAUUUGACAAGGAAUUAAACUGUUCAGUGAACAUAGUUUGUGUAGAUCUUUAUGUAAAUCCGGUUUGAUUCCCAUGAUCUUUUUUUUGAAGUGAUCAACUCUAACAGAGAUGCAUAUAUCUUUGAGUGAACUUGAAUUAGCUGUAUCCACACAGAUUGUUUUAACCUCAUUUCAGUAUGUUCAGUAAGUGUAGACCUACACAGUGACACUAGAUCAGUGCUUUCAUGUUUUCAUGACUCUCUGCCUUCACAGUUCUUUGAAUGUGAUGUGGUUAGUAAACUAAAAAAAACA